UUUGGUCCGAAUUCUAAUCUUUGUGACUAUAGGUAGAACUAGGAUAUUCGUAUUAUUAAUAUUAUAAGUGUUUGAUAAUUGAUACACAUAUCGAGAUUAUACUCGUAUAAGGUUUUUGCACAUCAAAUAGCUAUAUAAUUAAAAAUCAUGGGGUUAUUUAGCAAACUUGCUUCAUUAUUAGGCUUUAAAAGGAAAGAAGCUAGUAUUUUGGUCGUUGGUCUAGAUAACAGUGGAAAAAGUACUAUUAUAAAUCAUUUUAAAUCAGAGGAAGAUAAAACCAUUGACAUUGUACCAACAGUUGGAUUAAAUGUUGAGAAGUUUAAGGUGAAAAGUUUAGGCUUCAUAGCGUUUGAUAUGUCUGGACAGGGCAGGUACAGAAAUUUAUGGGAGCAUUAUUAUCAAGAUGUUAAUGGUAUUAUUUUUGUUGUUGACAGCAGCGACAGCCUGAGAAUUAUAGUUGCUAAGGAUGAGCUGGACAUGAUGCUCCAGCACAAAGACAUUAAAGAUCGAAAUAUUCCAAUUUUAUUUUUUGCAAAUAAAAUGGAUCUGAGAGAAGCCUUAAGUAGUGUGAAGGUGAGCCAAGCUUUGGGACUAGAUAACAUGAAAUCUAAGUCUUGGCAUAUUUGUGCAAGCAAUGCUCUUACGGGUGAAGGUUUACAGGAGGGUGUGGAGUGGAUCACAGAUCAGCUGAAGUAUAUGGUUGAGCAGAACAAACGGUGAAUUUUGAUGUGCAGUAUUCAGUUGUUGAUACUUAUUUGCACCAAUAUGUGUUACUUAAGCUUCCGUCCAGCAUUUCAGAGAGAGAAAGAAAAAUGCACCAUUAUGUUUGAACAAGAUAUAUCUUAGAAACAUUAUUAUGAUAAUUUUAAGUCAUGACUGAAACAUUCAGA